AAAAGGAAAUUUGACUUCUAACUAUAUAUAGCAGAAUGUUUCUGCCUUUUAGGGCUGACACUGUAUCUACUAAUAAUUAUAUACGUAUUUACUUCUUGUGAAAGGACAAUUGGUAGACAUAAGAUCGCAAUACAAGUGUAUCUGGAGGAAUUACUCGGUUUGGUAGCCUGGAAGGAGUCUUCUAACUUAACAAUAGAUAAAGCUUCAUUCUGAAUGGAAGUCCUCGUGUAAGAGCAUAGAUUUAAGGGUUCAAAGAGCUUCUUGGCAAGAGAAGGCUUUAGCGUCAGUCUUCCAGUGUUACGUGAGCUAUCCUUGGCACGAUUCUCAAAAAUUUGCAAAUGGAAGAAUGGAAAGUUCUAUAUUACGGACUGUCAGACAAGAAUAGCAGAUUUUAAGCUCGUGUUUACAGUAAAAUGCUUCAGAGGAUCUGAGCUUAUUGUGAAUGCCUGAGAGCAAUUGAAGGCUGGGAUUUGAGCCAAGCUGAGAGUGCCUCUGCCAAACGUUGGCAAAGAAAGCAAUUGUGCAUCAUGGAAUUUGAAGACUUUGAGAAUUACUCUUAUAUCUAUGACCUGUCUGAGGAAGAUGAAUCACCGCAGUCCUCCCUCAGCAUUGCCCAUAUGAUUUCCCUUUCCUUUUACAGCGUGGCAUUUCUGCUGGGAGUGCCAGGUAAUGCCAUCGUCAUCUGGUUUAUGGGCUUUAAGUGGGAUAAAUCUGUCUCUACGCUCUGGUUCCUCAAUCUGGCCAUCGCAGAUUUCAUCUUUGUUCUCUUCUUGCCUCUUUACAUUACCUACGUGGCAAUGGGCUUCCACUGGCCUUUUGGGAAGUGGCUCUGCAAAAUGAACUCAUUCAUUGCACUACUUAAUAUGUUUGCCAGCGUUUUCUUCCUGACAUUCAUCAGCCUUGACCGCUACAUCCGCCUAGUCCAUCCAGUCUUUUCCUACAAGUAUCGGACUGUAAGGAACACCCUCAUUCUUAGCGGGAUCAUUUGGAUCUCAGCUGCAAUUAUUGGUGGCCCUGCCUUAUACUUUAGAGAUACAACUACAAUUCUCAACAACAUCACCCUUUGUUACAACAACUUUCACGUGCACGACAGAGACCUCAUUCUGUUGAGACACCACAUUCUCAUCUGGGUGAGACUUGCAUUUGGUUACCUCUUUCCCCUUGUCACCAUGGUCAUCUGCUACUCGCUGCUGAUUGUCAAGGUGAAGAGGAGAACUGUCCUGACUUCCAGCAGGCUUUUCUGGACCAUCAUUGCGGUAGUCGUGGCUUUCUUUGUUUGCUGGACACCGUAUCACAUAUUCAGCAUCGUGGAGCUCUCAGCUCACCAUAAUGAAAACUUGCAUGGCUUAUUGCAGGAUGGCAUCCCCCUCUCCACUGGCCUUGCUUUCAUCAACAGUUGCCUUAACCCAAUCCUCUAUGUUCUGAUUAGCAAGAAGUUCCAGGCCCAAGUCAAGACAACUGUCUCUGAAGUGCUCAAAUUGGCGCUGUGGGAAGUGAGCCGCUCGGGGACGGUCAGCGAGCAGCUGUGGAGCUCGGACAACACCAACGCGCCCGCGCACUGCUGUGAAACUGCGCAGUGAGCGCGCUCGACACCGUCCCUGCCCAAAGGAGCUGGCAGGAGACCUGGAGAUGUUCUUGUCUUCGCAGCCGCCAUCAGAUGUGCAUCUUUGCAUGCAUGGCUUUAUGUAAACAGCUGGCUGAAUUGCGCGUGCUGCUUUCCUUGGAAGGCUUUUACAGGACACAUCAUUUGGGUGUGGUGUGGUUGCAAAGAGCCUGAGCCGAAAGCUGACAACAUAGC